CGGCGCUGGAGGAGCCCGUAGGACUGUGCUCGAGCCCCGGGAGAGGCACCUUUUAAUGUGCGUUUUUGUAUUGCUCAGGGAGGAGGCUGCACACGCCGAGGUCCCCAACAGCGGUGCACGUGUGCCGAGGUGUACACCUGCCCUCAGAUAUUUGAACCCCAACUGAGUCAUCGCCAACUUGGUUCAAGAUGCCACCGGCCAUCGGAGGCCCUGUGGGAUACACUCCUCCUGAAGGAGGAUGGGGAUGGGCUGUGGUCAUCGGAGCCUUCAUCUCCAUUGGGUUUUCCUAUGCCUUCCCCAAAUCCAUCACCGUGUUCUUCAAAGAGAUUGAGGUCAUCUUCAACGCGUCCAGCAGCAAAGUCUCAUGGAUCUCUUCCAUCAUGCUGGCUGUUAUGUAUGCAGGAGGUCCCAUCAGCAGCAUCCUGGUGAACAAAUACGGCAGCCGGCCCAUCAUGAUCGCUGGCGGCUGCCUCUCUGGGUGUGGGUUGAUUGCAGCCUCUUUCUGCAACACAGUGGAGGAGCUCUACUUCUGCGUUGGGGUUGUAGGGGGCCUUGGACUCGCGUUUAACUUGAACCCAGCCUUAACCAUGAUUGGCAAGUACUUCUUCAAGAAGCGUCCCCUGGCUAACGGGCUGGCAAUGGCAGGCAGCCCUGUGUUCCUCUCCACCCUGGCGCCCGUGAACCAGCUCUUCUUUGGCAUAUUUGGCUGGCGUGGCAGCUUCCUCAUCCUCGGCGGUCUCUUGCUGAACUGCUGCGUCGCUGGAUCCCUGAUGCGGCCCAUAGGUCCCAAGCCAGAUCAGCUGAAGAAAGAGGCUGCUAAGGAGGUGCUGCAGGAAGCUGGGAAGGCAGUGAAAAAGGACGAUGGUGACCCCAGCACAGACCUCAUCGUCGGGAAGACCAAGAAACAGAAGAGCACGUUUUUCCAGACAAUCAACAAGUUCUUGGACCUGUCCCUGUUCACACACAGGGGCUUCCUGCUCUAUCUGUCGGGCAAUGUGAUCAUGUUCUUCGGGCUGUUCACUCCCUUGGUCUUUCUCAGCAAUUAUGCAAAGAGCAAGAAGAUUGCUAACGAGUCUGCAGCCUUCCUGCUCUCCAUCCUGGCCUUCGUAGACAUGGUGGCCAGACCUUCUAUGGGACUGGUAGCAAACACCAAGUGGAUCAGACCCAGAGUCCAGUAUUUCUUUGCCAUCUCUGUGAUUUACAAUGGGGUGUGCCACCUCUUGGCUCCCAUGUCCACCACCUAUGCCGGCUUCUGCAUUUAUGCCGGCUUCUUCGGCUUUGCCUUCGGCUGGCUGAGCUCAGUCCUGUUUGAGAACCUGAUGGACCUGGUGGGAGCACAGCGGGUCUCCGUGCUGUCCGCCCGUGCUGUCGGCCUGGUGGCCAUUGUGGAGUGCUGCCCCGUGCUUCUGGGACCCCCUCUGCUAGGGAAGCUCAACGACAUGUACGGUGACUACAAGUACACGUACUGGGCCUGCGGGGUCAUCCUCAUUGUCUCAGGGAUCUACCUCUUCAUCGGGAUGGGCAUCAACUACCGCCUGGUGGCAAAGGAGCAGAAGGCGGAGGAGAAGGCGAGGAACGAAGGGAAGGAGGAGGAGACCAAUGUCGACGAAGCUGAGAAGCAGAAAGAGGCAAACAAUGACGUGGCCCCCUCGCCUCAGAAGAGUGCAGAGGAUGGUGUCAAAGAGGAGGAGAGCCACAUGUGAGGGACCGGUCUCAAUCCCGGAGUGUUGGGGAAGUGCUGCUGCCCUGGCGCGGUGGCUGGGGCAGUGCUCCGCUGGCGCUGGGCAGCUGUGAGAAGUGUUUAAACCAGGUGUUCAUUUUUAACCAGGCUCUGAAUUGUCUUUCCAUCUGUGUUCAACAAAGGUAACAGGGUUACACACGCAGUAUCCUCGUGUGUCGGGGGACAGGGGGGCUUUUUAUAGUCUGGCUUUUUAACAGUAACAUGAAUGUACUAAUAUGUGCCUUACAGUCUUCAUACCUAGCUGAAUCUGGACGAGCCUUAACUCUAAACCGUGCUUUAGCUCUGUAUUCUGCUCGGGGGGUGUGUGUGUGUAUGCGUGUGUUUUGGGGAGUUUUGUUGUUAAAAAGCCAUAAAAAGCAGGAUACUGGAUUUGUUGAAGCACAAUGGGCUUCAGGACUGGCCCCAGAUGAAUACUGCUUCACACGCUUCUUACUGCAGGCCCUCCACGGAGGGGGAGAUCCGGGCAUGGGGUAGGGUGGUCUUUGGCUCCUGUGCCGGGUGCCUCCUGGCUCUGUAGGUGGUCUUUAGGUAUGUUUUGAAAACACUUUAGCUACUGUAGUUCUUUAAAAUCCCUCUUUUGUAGUUGUGUUCUCACGGGAUAUUCGGGUUGGAGAAAGAUGGCUGCGGUUCGGGUUGGGCUGUCUUGCCUGCUCCGGGGCUGUGGCAGCCCCUGUGCACCUGGCCCCUGCAGCCGAGCCCUCUUGGGGAGCGCUGGGGUCCCCCCCUGCCCCCCAACUCUGCCCUGGCGGUGCCUCUUCCCAGCCCGAUGCUGGGUGAUGUGAAACGGGUGCGAACACAGGGGCUCGGCUGGCAGUGCCAGGUCAGGGUGCUGGCCUCGGUCCCCCUGCGGGGUGGGCUUCCACCGGGGCAUCCCUGUGCUGAUCGGUCCCACCCAGAUGGGCGUUUUGGGUGCCUGACCCCAGGCAGAGCGGAGGGGCUGGGUGGGGCAGGUGGAGAUGGUACAUCCCUGAGACAGGCCUUCUGCUUUCGCUCUUUUAUCUCUUAGAGAAACCUCUUUUACUUGCUUCUGUUCAACUGAGAUCUUAAGGCGGUGGAUGCCUAACCACUCGCAUCUAGGACACGUAAGGGGGAGGAAAGAAUUUGUACGUAUUUAUUUUUUAUUUUUUAGUGUUGGAAAAUAUCUCAACGUACGUGGAGCAGGUUAAUGGCUCUCAAGUUCUAGUAAAUGUUGAUCAGAAAUCAAUGUAAGAGGCUGAGGUUUGGGUUGGUUUUUUUUUUUUCAAAUAAACUUGUUUUUUUUACAAUUUACCCAUCAAAUGUUGACCUUCUUUCCUAGAGUCACACUUCUGUGUGCCAGACAACAUAUAUUUUGGGUCAGUUUUGGGGAGAGGCGAGUGGGGCUGUGGCAGAGCCUGGGUCUCCACCCACUGCUCGAGCACCCCAAGGCUCCUGCUGAGCAGGUCCCACCCCACCGACUGUGGAAGCUGCUCCCCAUCGAGAUGCCCUGCCCCUUCCCUCUGCAAGAGGAGGCUUUGGCUGGGGUUUGGGAUGGCCACAGCCGAGUCUCCCCACGCACUCUGGUUUUAGAAACAUUUCUGUUCCCCUGCCUGUCUUUACAGGAUGCCUGUGAAAGCCUUGAGAAUCCCCCUUUAUUGCAAGGGGGAUGGACACACACACUUAAAUGUCUGUUUCGUGAGUGACAGGCAGACUUUCCUGCUGUCUGUCCCCACUGCCUCCCUCCGUGAGCUGAGCAGGGCCACUGCUGUGUGCAUCCAAGGGGCCUCCUGCCUGCGGGCCUGGCACUGAUGGCGGCUGAAACCAAAUGAGGGGGUAAAUGAAAGUCUUCCUGCCUGAGCUGCGCCGGGGUCCCCGAGCCCCUGGCAGGGUCAAGCCCUGCACUGCAGCCGCUCUCCUUGUGCUCCCUUGGCUGCGAGGCCACUUCAGGCUUCAUUUCGGUCCAAACCUCACAGACAGCAGGCCAGGGUGUUUUCAUACUGUAGAGUAACUUUAUAAAGCCAACAGUAUUUUGUACAAAAGGGUUUUGUUGUACAGUGCUGAGCUGUGAUACUGUAAAGCCAAGUAACUGUAUUUUCAUAAAUGGCGUGUCUAGCUGCAGUAACGGGUUCACAUUGCAAUAAAUCAACCCUGAGGAGCUG